AUGAGUCUCGGCCCCCAAUGCUGGCGCUGCCGCAAACGCCGUCUACGCUGCGACUCCUCCCUCCCCUCCUGCCGCAAAUGCGCCCUCGCCUCCGUCGCCUGCCCAGGCUACGCCCCGACCCGCCCCAUCGCCUGGCGCAACCCGCUCCUCCUCACGUCCCACGGCAUCGUGCGCGUGCGCGAGAACGGCGCCCACGAGAAGGCGGGCCUCGGGCGCGCGAGCGUGAUGGGCAUCGUGUGCCGCGCGCCGCGGAGCGUACGGUCCGAGGUGGAGUUGCGCAUUGCGGCGGAUGCGAUUGAGUAUUAUAAUUUGCAUGUAGCUCCGGAUUUGGUGCCGUACGCGACGGAGCGGAGUCCGUAUCAGAUUUCCCCGAGUGAGAUUGGGGAGUUGGCGGAGUACGUGCGCAAAUCGUACAUUUCGAUAGCGGCACUGCAUAGGUUCGUCAGCAGGGAGCCGGCGGGCGUGUCUCGGGUUAGCCCCGGGGCCGUCCGGUCGGCGGCCCCGUCGCCCGACGGGUCGGACAUUUCGGAGCUCAUAGCGGCGGGGGAUUUUAAGAGUGUGCAUUUCGCGUCGCAAGCUGCCGCGAUCAGGGCGCUGAGUGAGGAACUCGGGAAGCACCAGUCCGACCAGAACGGCGCCGGGGCGGGGCCGGAGAUUUUGCUUGGCAUCAUGUUGAUGCUCUCAUCACAGGUUUUAUUCACCAAGUACUUCUUCACUGCCGCCUUGCUGACCUGGGGACAGAUCCAAUACUCGGCAUACGCGCCGUGGCAGGCUCACAUUCACGGAGCAUGGAGCUUGAUAGCCGCGCAAGGCGGCAUGGAAGUGCUAGCCAAGGCGAGUACGGACCUCUGCCGCGUAUUACAACAAGUCGCCGUCGUGGACAUAUUCGGCAUAUCGACGAACGGUCUGACGGAGGCGUCAGCUAAGGUAGUUCUCUCGCGGUACGCACCCUACGCGAUGAUCUUUGACGAGAGCAUGGUUGAUAUCGCCAACCCGUGGACGCUUAUGCCGAACGGGCUGGCCAGGACCAUCAACCAGAUCAACAUGCUGCGCGCAGAGAAUCUUCUGCUCCCGUCGGCGGAAUCGCGCACGCAGGGCCUGUUGGCAGUACUGGAGUUCCUCGACGCUGCGUCGCCCGAUGCCUGGGCUGCCGAAGUCGCGACCAAUGCCACCGUCUGGCUGGCGCCCGGCCGACUGAGUGAAGACGUCGAGACGAGGACAGCGUGGAUAGCCCUGAUGACUGCCUUCCUGAACGCCACGGUACUGUACGCCAUCAAUAGCCUGGCGGGACUAGGCGAGACGUCUCUGAGAGCUGUCGCAUCCUCCCAAGAGUCAAUGUCAUCCCUUGUCUCUAGAGAGGCGGCAGCGUAUGAAGCACUCAUGUUUUCUAUUCGCAUCCUCUUCGACCAAAGAGCCCAACGGCGGGAAAUCCAAGACAGAUCAGUUCCCCCCGCAACCAGCGCCGGUUUGUUACACAAGUUCGUCAUCUGGCCGAUGGUAGUCGGCGGCAUCCAAGCCGCGCUCGUCCGUCACGACGACGAAGCCGCCGGGUACCUGUGCUCGGGAAUGCAGUCCAUCGGCGAAGAGCUGGGCACGGUCAGCAUGAUAGACGGUGCCCGUCUCGUGGAGAAGUUGAGCCGAGCGCAUAGAAACGGCCACGAGCCGACGUCUUGGGAUGUCCUCUUCGACGGGGCACCCCUGUUCUUGAUGUGA